AUGAACGCUACGAUCGAUUUCGAGCAGGUCCCAACAAUGAUUGCCAACUCUGCGCGGCAGCUCGUUGCGCGCGUCCAGGCGCGCAGCGCGAAUGCGACCCCUCUCCUGCCUUGGGUCCCGAAGUGGCUCAAGGUGCUCUUCCUGCUCGUUCUCAUUCUGCACACGAACUCGCUCCCGUUCAUGUGGCACAUUCGCGUGUGGGCGCACCCGCUGCAUGCCUUUAUCCAGAGCAAGGUAAUGGGCAAGCGUGCGUACUGGAAGAAGUGGCUGCGUGAACUCGACGCGCAGGGCGGCAUCACGGGCCUGCGCGUGCGCACGACACGCCGCGCCCUCGCCGACGACUGCGACUACAACAUGCACCUGUCCAACAGUGCCUAUGCGAAGAACUCGGACCAGAACAAGAUGGCCUUUGCGAUCGACGCCUUUGCGCCCGCCUUUGUCACGGGCGGGUUCAUGGCCCUCGGCGGCUCCCACUGGCUGUACCUCAAGGAAAUCCCGAUGGGCACCGAGUACGUGAUGGAGACGCGCCUGGCUGGCUGGGGCGACAAGUGGAUGCACCUCGUGACCGAGUUCAUCAUCUACCCGAAGGGCAAGAAGGUCGUUCACAAGACGAAGGCGGGGCGCCCGAACCCGCCCGUGCCGACCUUCUCGGCCCCGCCGAGCGGCACCGACUCGCCCGCCUCGGGCGUGCCCGUUAACGGCGGGCCGGCCGCCGGCGAGAAGGCCGAGGCGAUGGUGCGCUCUGCCUCCGAGGUGCUGAAGAAGGUGAAGGCGCGCGUGCGCGACCCGCGCCCGGACGGAGGCGUCAUCUGCUGCGUCGCCAUCACAGACUACUGCUUCAAGCAAGGGCGCGUCACAAUCCCGCCGCGCAUCGCGCUGUUUACGGGCUUCCACUCGCCCGACCCCGCCAUGCGCGAGGAGGCCAUGCGCAUCCUCCUCCAGAAGGAUAAUGGCAUCCCCUUCGUCCGCGGCAAGUGGAAGGAGCACCCGCUCGCUGACAAACUUGGGCUUGACGUCGGCCUGGGACCGGAUGGCACGACGGCGUGGGCCCAGGCCGUCGCCGACAAGAUGGAGGAGGCGAAUGACGACAUUGCCUCUGUCGGCGCGUCGUACAUGCCUGGUCUCUAA